UCUUCAGUUUACACACAUUUAUUGCUAUUUUUAUUGUUUCCUGUCACGUGACCCUAUUUCCCGCCACUUUACGUAGAACCUCAUGUAAAGUUUGUUGACAAAAAGUUUUCUGCACGAAUUUCGUAAUCUUGGAAGCCUGACAGCUGUCAAAAUGUGGAUCCAAGUUCGAAGCAUCGAUGGAAAGAAGACGGUCAGAGUUGACAGCCUGAGCAAGCUGACCAAAGUCGAAGAUCUUCGUGAAAAACUUGUAGAACCAUUUGAAGCUGAUGUUGACUGCCAAAAGUUAUUUUUUCGAGGGAAAAUUCUUGUUGAUGGGCAUUCUUUGUUUGACUAUGAUGUCGGCCUCAAUGACUUGGUGCAGAUUAUGGUGCGGAAGCCAGUCAUCAUGGAAACCAACAACAACAACACUGAUGAUUUGGAAUCUUCUGACAAAGAAAACCAAAAGCCUGAGAGUCCGGUCAAAAUGGAAGAGAAUGACAUUGAAGAAGAAGAAGUCGACACUGAGGGCAGUGCAUUCAAAGUUGGAGACAUCAUUGAUGCACGAGACAUUUCCAACGGUGCAUGGUUUGAAGCCAAAAUAACAAAAGUCUCCAAAGACAAAUCGCCAGCAGAAAAAGAUGGCGAGCAAAAUGAGGAAGAAAAUGAUGGUUUCGUUUACCAUGUUCAAUAUGAAGGCUAUGAGGAAACUGAACAGUUAAAAAUGAAUAAUAUUAGACCCAGGUGCAAAAAUCUAAUCAAAUUCAAUGAUCUCAAAGUCGGUCAAAAAGUCGUUGCGAAUUAUAAUUGCGAGGAUCCUGCAGAACGUGGAUUCUGGUACGAUUGUGUGAUUACUGAUAAAAAGGAAAAUAAAUCUAAGGGUAUUCUUGCAACAGUGUUUGCUGGUGUAGACUUGACCCCAUUAGAAGACUGUAAAAUACUAUUUCCUAAUGAAAUUUUCACAAUUGAAAAGGCUGGGAGUCAAAUUAAUGAGAAAGACAUAGACCUCAAUGAUGCUACCUCAACGCCAACCAUGCGUAAAAAUAAAAUCGAUUGUAAUAAAUGCAAAGACAAUCCUCGUGUGAAAUGUAAAGAAUGUGCAUGCUCAGUUUGUGGUGGAAAGCAAGAGCCAGAAAAACAGAUUUUAUGUGAUGAAUGCAAUAAAGCAUAUCAUUUAUUCUGUAUGGAUCCACCCUUGACUAAAGUUCCUGAAGAAGAUGAAUGGUACUGCUCCGAUUGUAAAAAUGAUGUAACUGAAGUGGUACGAGCAGGAGAAAGACUGAAACAGAGCAAAAAGAAAUCAAAGAUGGCUUCAGCUACAUCCAAAUCUAGUAGAGAUUGGGGUAAAGGAAUGGCUUGUGUAGGGAGGACAACUAUGUGCACUAUUGUACCUCCAAAUCAUUUUGGACCAAUUCCUGGCAUUGAAGUUGGAAUGCUUUGGAAAUUUAGAGUACAAGUCAGUGAAGCUGGUGUUCACAGACCUCAUGUUGCAGGAAUCCAUGGCAGAGAGGACGAAGGUGCCUAUUCAAUUGUUCUGUCGGGAGGUUACGAAGACGACCAUGAUGAUGGAGAUAAAUUCACCUACACUGGAAGCGGUGGUCGCGAUUUAUCUGGAAAUAAACGCACAGCUGAACAAUCAUGUGACCAGCUCUUGACUCGAAUGAAUAAAGCUUUGGCUAAAAACUGUAAUGCUCCAAUCAAUGCAAAGGAUGGUGCCGAAGCAAAAGACUGGAAAGGGGGUAAACCGGUUCGUGUAGUUCGAAAUUGCAAGGGUCGUAAACAUUCCAAAUAUGCUCCAGAAGAAGGCAAUCGUUAUGAUGGAAUUUACAAAAUGGUGAAAUACUGGCCUGAGAAGGGCAAAUCUGGCUUCAUUGUUUGGAGAUAUCUUUUGAAACGAGAUGAUGAAAAUCCAGCGCCGUGGACCAAAGAGGGCAAGAAGAAAAUCAAAAGUUUGGGUUUGGAAAUAAAAUAUCCUGAAGGCUACUUGGAAACUCUCAAAGAAAAGGAAAGAGAAAAGGAAGAGAAGAGUGAAAAAGGCAAGAAAAGAAAAAGAUCUGACGUAGAAGAUUCUCCAGAAAAAUCUCCAAAGAAAACCAAAAAGGUUCAGGCUGAGGCAUACAAGUUGCCUAAAGAUGUUAAGAAAUUUGUGGAUGAAGAUGAGCAGAAUAAGAAAUUAUGGGAAGAAACAUUUCCAUCCAUGGGAGAUGGGAAACCGAAAUUCCUACAGAAAGUUGAGGAUGUUUUUACAUGUAUUUGUUGUCAGGAGAUAGUUUUUAAACCUGUAACAUUAGACUGUUCGCAUAACGUUUGCAAGCUUUGUUUAUCUAGGUCAUUUAAAGCUCAAGUGUAUUCGUGCCCGGCAUGUCGCCAUGACCUUGGGGAGAAGUAUUCAAUGAAGGUCAAUGAAAAUUUGUCAAAGGCUUUAAGUGCUCUUUAUCCAGGGUAUGAGGCAGGGCGUACUUAAUUCAUUUCUGAAUUUUUAGAUCCAAAAUGCCUGAUUCUAAUGCAUUAAGAGUGCAAGGUACUAAAAUUUAAGCAGAUUGUGCACUGCAUGCUUAGAAAUUUUAAACGCAAGAAGUCCUG